AUGGCUUGUAUCACUGCGAGUAUUGCUGACUUUUUCGGCAAAAUCUUAUCGUUUUCUUCACUCUCCUCGUCAGCUUUUCAGUAUGUUCUCUCGUCUAGUAUUACUGAAGCUCGCGGCGAAAGGUUCCUCCCGGACCUAAAGGAUGGCCACUCAUUGGGAAUGCUCUCGACUUGGGUGGUUCACACCUUUGGCUCAAGUUUACUAAGUGGCGAGAGACAUGGUGACACCAUAUUCCUCAGCGCGGCAGGCCAGCCGGUCAUUGUCCUCAACUCUCCCAAAGUAGUGGCAGACCUCCUCGACAGGCGAGCAGGAAACACAUCCGACCGACCACGAAAUGUCAUCGGAUCUGAGAUGCUGACCGGUGGUCUCUUCAUGGCCCUUCAAUCUCACAGCGACGUAUGGAGACGCAUGCGCCGCGCGACCCACGAAGGCCUCUCCAAAUCCUCCGCUACCGCUUAUCAUCCCGGCCAGAUGACAGAGUCGGUAUCCCUCGCUCUCGAACUUCUUCAUUCUCCAUCGCAGUGGGUCUCUCAUGUCCAACGUGUCAAUGCCUCCUUCACCAUAAACUUCCUGUAUGGCUCCAAUGCGGCCACGGACGGUAAUGCGCCACUCAAGAUGGACGGGAUGGCCACGACUUCUGAGGCUACAGACAGCAGAAUUGCGGAGAUCAAUGAGUUUGCGGAGCGAUUGGCGACUUCAUUGCUGCCUGGAGCGCACUUAGUGGAGUUUUUUCCUUGGAUGAAAUAUAUUCCUGUGAGUGGCGCACAGUCAGAGCUGGACACUGUUGUGGGAAGAGCUCGCCUUCCUACGUUUGCGGACUACGAUCAUCUGCCGUAUAUCAGGGCCAUGGUUAAGGAGUUACUUCGCUGGGGACUUGUUGCCCCAUUCGGUCUUCCCCACGCUUCCACCGUAGACGACUACUACGAAGGCUACAUCAUUCCCGCCAAUUCCUUCAUCAUACCGAACAUCUGGCUUCUCAACCGGGACCCUCUGGUGUGGGGGCCUGAUGCGAUGGAAUUCAGGCCGGAAAGGCAUAUGUAUGAUGGGAGUGAGCUGAGAGUCCCUGCGGAGGCGAGGGAGGAGGGUCAUUUCACGUUCGGGUUCGGAAAUAAUUCAUUGUUCAUGGAGGUUGUGACGAUGCUCUGGGCUAUGAACAUUGAGAGACCGAAGAACCAGGAUGGGCUGCCGGUGCCGAUAGAUUCAGACGGAUGUGUGGAUACGGGACUCACUGUACGUCCAAUGCCGUUCGACAUUAAGGUGACGCCGAGAUUCCCCGAGGUUGUGACGAUACUGGAGCAUGAGAAAGAUGUGUUGAAGCGGUGA